AUGCCUUCAGGUCCGAGCGAGCUGGGCGUAUGGUGGAUAGGAGGUCAGAUCGCGGUGCAAUACCUGCGCGUGCUGCGGUCCGGACGCAUUGAGUGUGGUCGCGGCAAGGCCUUGGGCGGUACUGGAUCUGUGGCUCUUGGAAACGCCACGGUCCGAAACAUGAUGUUGAACAAUGCUGACUCCCUGGUGAAUACCACAGCCCCAUCCUUCCCGUCGGUUGCAGUUAUUCGCGCAGCCUAUAACCUGAUGAGAACUGGUGCCACGCAGAAGGCUCAGGACAACAUACAACACCUCGUCAAAUACUUCUUCAAAUCCAUUACCUCUAGCGAUAUCUGGGACAAAGCCACCGAGAUGGGUAUUUUGUCUAUUCCCGUGGCCGAGGACUAUGAGUCGCUGGACUUAGUGACGCACAUUGUACCAAUCUGGACCAGGCAAAAGUACAACUGGUGGCUCUUUUUUCACCUACAACUGGCGAAAAUAGCAGUCGUUCCCAUCGACUAUCCCCAGGUUCCCAAAGGCAAAUCUCGCGUCAGGGUCAUGGUCCAUGCUGGAAAUACGGAGAAAGAGGUGGAUUAUUUGGAGGCCACGCUUUGCGACUUUGCGAAUGAGAUGAUCGAUAUCGAGGAGGGUGGCGAAAAGGGCAAGAUACCAAAAGCCGCGCAGGAGAUUUACGCGUUGAUGGCGGCGAAUGCGUGA